GAGGCCGGCUUGGGGAGCUUGGUAUCCAGAGCGGGAGUGGGGAGGCUGAGGUGAAGGCGAGAACUGGGACUCGACGACCCGUGUCUGGAGGCCAGAGCGCGGCGCCUGCAGGGGAAGGCGGGCAGCGAUCUGGUCCCCGGAAUUAGCCGGUUCGCUGAUUCCUCGACUGCCACUGGUCUGUCGAGUAGGGAAGGGAGCCGGUUCGGCCUCUUGAAGAGAUUUCCUAGGGCGCAUUUGAGAUUCCCUCGCCUCUCGUCCCUUGUGCCUGAACUUACUUCAGAGGCUUCAAGGAGAAAAACCAGAUUCAUGUGCGUGAGAGGAAACAUGAUGGGGAACAGCCUGUUGAUUUGGAUAGUUUUCAUGGGUGAUAAAGCAUAGCUUGAGACUCAUGAAAUGGCCACAGAUGACAAGAUUUCCCCAACAUUGGACUCUGCUAAUGAUUUGCCUCGAUCUCCUACUAGUCCUUCUCAUCUCACACACUUCAAACCUUUGACUCCUGAUCAGGAUGAACCUUCUUUUAAAUCUGCGUAUAGUUCUUUUGUAAAUCUCUUUCGAUUUAACAAAGAGAGAACAGAAGGGGGCCAGGGAGAGCAGCAGUCUCUGAGUGGAAGUUGGGCCAGCCCUCAGCUUCCUUCACGGACACAAUCGGUGAGGUCACCUACACCUUAUAAAAAACAGCUUAAUGAGGAACUCCAUCGGCGAUCUUCAACUGUAUUAGCAGAGGACAGUUUGCAAGAGCCACAGGAGAACACAGAUGCCAGAAGAAAAGCAGAACCUACCUUUGGAGGUCAUGAUCCUCGUACAGCUGUUCAGCUUCGAAGCCUCAGCACAGUAUUAAAACGCCUAAAGGAAAUCAUGGAGGGGAAAAGCCAGGAUAGUGACUUGAAGCAAUACUGGAUGCCAGAUAGCCAAUGUAAAGAGUGCUAUGACUGUAGUGAGAAAUUUACGACCUUUAGGCGCAGACAUCAUUGCCGACUGUGUGGGCAGAUUUUUUGUAGUCGUUGCUGUAACCAAGAAAUCCCUGGGAAAUUUAUGGGCUACACAGGAGACCUUCGAGCUUGCACAUACUGUAGAAAAAUAGCCUUAAGUUAUGCUCAUUCCACAGACAGUAAUUCCAUUGGAGAAGACUUGAAUGCUCUUUCAGAUUCUGCUUGUUCUGUGUCUGUGCUUGAUCCUAGUGAACCCCGAACACCUGUUGGGAGUAGAAAAGCUAGUCGCAACAUAUUUUUAGAGGAUGAUUUGGCCUGGCAAAGUUUGAUUCAUCCCGACUCCUCAAACACUGCUCUUUCAACAAGACUUGUAUCUGUUCAAGAGGAUGCUGGGAAAUCUCCUGCUCGAAAUAGAUCGGCCAGCAUUACUAACUUGUCAUUGGAUCGAUCUGGAUCUCCUAUGGUACCUUCCUAUGAGACAUCUGUCAGUCCCCAGGCUAACCGAACAUAUGUUAGAACAGAUACAACCACUGAGGAUGAACGCAAAAUUCUUCUGGACAGUGUUCAGCUAAAGGACUUAUGGAAGAAAAUCUGCCAUCACAGCAGUGGAAUGGAGUUUCAGGAUCACCGCUACUGGCUAAGAACGCAUCCCAAUUGCAUUGUGGGAAAGGAAUUAGUCAACUGGUUAAUCCGAAAUGGACACAUUGCUACCAGGGCACAAGCUAUAGCAAUUGGACAAGCAAUGGUCGAUGGGCGUUGGCUGGAUUGUGUUAGUCAUCAUGACCAGCUUUUCAGGGAUGAGUAUGCACUGUACAGACCACUGCAGAGUACAGAAUUUUCUGAGACACCUUCUCCAGACAGUGACUCAGUGAACUCUGUGGAAGGACACUCUGAGCCAUCUUGGUUUAAAGACAUAAAGUUUGAUGACAGUGACACAGAACAGAUAGCUGAAGAAGGUGACGAUAAUAUGGCUAAUUCUGCCAGUCCUAGCAAGCGCACAUCAGUCAGCAGUUUCCAGUCCACAGUGGACAGUGACUCAGCCGCCUCUAUCAGCCUGAACGUGGAACUGGACAACGUGAACUUCCAUAUCAAGAAGCCCUCCAAGUACCCACAUGUGCCCCCUCACCCUGCUGACCAAAAAGAGUAUUUGAUUUCUGACAGUGGAGGACAGCAGCUCUCAAUAAGUGACGCCUUCAUCAAAGAAUCCUUAUUUAAUCGUCGGGUAGAGGAAAAAUCCAAAGAGCUGCCUUUCACGCCUUUAGGCUGGCAUCACAACAACCUGGAGCUCCUGAGGGAGGAAAAUGGAGAGAAACAAGCCAUGGAGAGGUUGCUUUCAGCUAAUCAUAACCACAUGAUGGCACUACUCCAGCAGUUGCUCCACAGUGAAUCAUUGUCACCAUCCUGGAGGGACAUCAUUGUACCACUAGUCUGCCAGGUUGUUCAAGCAGUCCGACCUGAUGUCAAGAACCGGGAUGAUGAUAUGGAUAUCCGUCAGUUUGUCCACAUCAAAAAAAUCCCAGGUGGAAAGAAGUUUGAUUCUGUGGUUGUCAAUGGCUUUGUUUGUACCAAGAACAUUGCACACAAAAAGAUGAAUUCUUGUAUUAAAAACCCCAAAAUUCUUCUGUUGAAGUGUUCCAUUGAGUAUCUCUACAGAGAAGAAACAAAGUUUACUUGCAUUGAUCCUAUUGUGCUUCAAGAAAGGGAAUUCUUAAAGAAUUAUGUUCAACGAAUAGUUGAUGUCCGACCGACGUUGGUUCUGGUUGAGAAAACAGUGUCUCGGAUUGCACAGGACAUGUUACUGGAACAUGGCAUUACGUUGGUCAUUAAUGUAAAAUCACAAGUUUUAGAUCGAAUCAGUAGGAUGACCCAAGGUGAUUUAGUAAUGUCAAUGGACCAGCUGCUUACAAAACCACACCUGGGCACGUGUCACAAAUUUUAUAUGCAGAUAUUUCAGCUAUCAAAUGAACAAACCAAAACACUGAUGUUUUUUGAAGGCUGUCCACAGCACCUAGGCUGUACAAUCAAGCUUAGAGGAGGCUCUGAUUACGAGCUGGCUCGAGUUAAAGAGAUCCUAAUAUUUAUGAUCUGUGUAGCUUAUCAUUCUCAACUGGAAAUCUCGUUUCUCAUGGAUGAAUUUGCCAUGCCACCCUCAUUAACCCCAAAUCCUUCCUUCCAUUCUCUGAUUGAGGAACAGGGAGAGGAUGAGGCUGCACAAGAGCAGUUCAGUGGAAAUUACCUCCCCCAGGAUCCUGACUUCCCUUUUGACAGGCCACCAGUGAUAUCAGAGUCUCUGCCCACUGAUGAUAGCAUUUUGCUAGAAUCGAGGAUUGCGUUUGAGAAGGAUGACCAGGAAAAUAAAAGUGUCCCACAGGAGGUUGCCUCUCUGAAGCAUCAAGAGUAUGCCACAACAGCUUGCCCAACAGGGAUCCCCUACGCUCUUUUUCCAUCAUUACCAGAAUCAUUGUUGCCACUCCAUGCGGAUGACCAACAGGAUGCUAUAGGCAUCGAGCAACCAGAGACUUUGCAGCAAACAGAUGAGCUACAGGAUUCCAAAAGCCAGAUGAGAGCCUUCAGAGACCCUCUACAGGAUGACACUGGAUUAUAUGUUACUGAGGAAGUCACGUCUUCUGAAGAUAAACGAAAGACUUAUUCUUUGGCCUUCAAACAGGAAUUGAAAGACGUGAUCCUCUGUAUCUCUCCAGUAAUCACGUUCCGGGAACCCUUCCUUUUAACUGAAAAGGGUAUGAGGUGCUCUACCCGAGAUUAUUUUGCAGAGCAGGUAUACUGGUCUCCUCUCCUCAGUAAAGAGUUUAAAGAAAUGGAUAGUAGGAGAAAAAAACAGCUGCUCAGGGAUCUCUCUGGACUUCAGAGCCUGAAUGGAAAUGUUCAGGCCAAAUCCAUUCAAGUCCUGCCCUUACAUGAGCUAGUGAGCACUAGAAUUGCUGAGCAUCUGGGUGAUAGCCAGAGCUUGGGUAGAAUGCUUGCUGAUUAUCGGGCCAGAGGAGGAAGAAUUCAGCAAAAAAAUUUAGACCCUUUUGCUCAUUCAAAGGAUGCAUCAGGUACUUCAGGUGGAAAAUCAGGAAGCAAAACUGAGGGCGAUGAAGAAAAAGGGUUGACUCCGAGUGAUGCAGUUUGGUCGACGAAGGUGGACUGUCUGAACCCUGUUAACCACCAGAGACUGUGCGUGCUCUUCAGCAGUUCUUCUGCCCAGUCCAGCAACGCGCCCAGUGCCUGUGUCAGUCCUUGGAUUGUUACAAUGGAAUUUUAUGGAAAGAAUGAUCUUACAUUAGGAAUAUUUUUAGAGAGAUACUGCUUCAGGCCUUCUUAUCAGUGUCCCAGCAUGUUCUGUGACACCCCCAUGGUACAUCAUAUUCGGCGCUUUGUCCAUGGUCAAGGCUGUGUACAGAUAAUCCUCAAGGAAUUGGAUUCCCCAGUACCUGGAUAUCAACAUACAAUUCUCACAUAUUCCUGGUGUAGAAUUUGCAAACAGGUAACACCAGUUGUUGCUCUUUCCAAUGAAUCCUGGUCCAUGUCAUUUGCAAAAUACCUUGAACUUAGGUUUUAUGGGCACCAGUACACUCGUAGAGCCAAUGCUGAGCCAUGUGGUCACUCCAUCCACCAUGACUAUCACCAGUAUUUCUCCUAUAACCAGAUGGUGGCAUCUUUCAGUUAUUCUCCAAUUCGGCUUCUUGAAAUAUGUGUUCCACUCCCCAAAAUAUUCAUUAAACGUCAGGUCCCAUUAAAAGUGUCACUUCUUCAGGAUCUGAAGGACUUCUUUCAAAAAGUUUCACAGGUUUAUCUUGCUGUUGAUGAAAGACUUGCAUCUUUGAAGACUGAUACAUUUAGUAAAACAAGAGAGGAAAAAAUGGAAGAUAUCUUUGCACAGAAAGAGAUGGAAGAAGGUGAAUUCAAGAACUGGAUUGAAAAGAUGCAAGCAAGGCUCAUGUCUUCCUCUGUAGAUACUCCUCAACAACUGCAGUCAAUCUUUGAGUCACUCAUUGCUAAGAAACAAAGUCUCUGUGAGGUUCUGCAAGCUUGGAAUAACAGGUUGCAGGAUCUUUUCCAGCAAGAAAAGGGUAGAAAGCGACCUUCAGUUCCUCCAAGUCCUGGAAGACUGAGACAAGGAGAAGAAAGCAAGAUAAGUGCAAUGGAUGCAUCGCCACGGAAUAUUUCUCCAGGACUUCAAAAUGGAGAAAAAGAGGAUCGCUUCUUAACAACCUUGUCCAGUCAGAGCUCUACCAGUUCUACCCAUCUCCAGUUGCCUACUCCACCUGAAGUCAUGUCUGAACAGUCGGUUGUAGGGCCCCCUGAAUUAGAUACCAACAGUUCUGAAGAUGUGUUUGACGGACAUUUGCUGGGAUCCACAGACAGCCAGGUGAAGGAAAAAUCAACCAUGAAAGCCAUCUUUGCAAAUUUGCUUCCAGGAAAUAACUAUAAUCCUAUUCCAUUUCCUUUUGAUCCGGAUAAGCACUACUUAAUGUAUGAACAUGAACGGGUGCCCAUUGCAGUCUGUGAGAAGGAACCUAGCUCCAUCAUUGCUUUUGCUCUCAGUUGUAAAGAAUACCGAAAUGCCUUAGAGGAAUUGUCCAAAGCGACUCUGCGGAACAGUGCCGAAGAAGGGCUUCAAACAAAUAGUACUUUAGACAGCAGACCAAAGAGUAGCAGCCCUAUUAGAUUACCUGAGAUUAGUGGAGGGCAGACAAACCGUACAGCAGAAGCAGAACCUCAACCAACCAAAAAGGCUUCUGGCGUGUUGUCCUUCUUCCGAGGGACAGCAGGGAAAAGCCCUGAUCUCUCUUCCCAGAAGAGAGAGACCUUACGUGGAGCAGAUAGUGCUUACUACCAGGUUGGGCAGACUGGCAAGGAGGGGACGGAGAAUCAAGGCAUUGAACCUCAAGAUGAGGCUGAUGGAGGAGACACACAAAAGAAACAACUCAUAAAUCCUCACAUAGAACUUCAAUUUUCGGAUGCUAAUGCCAAGUUUUACUGUCGGCUAUACUAUGCGGGAGAGUUUCAUAAGAUGCGUGAAGUGAUUCUGGGCAGCAGUGAAGAAGAUUUCAUUCGUUCCCUUUCCCAUUCAUCACCCUGGCAGGCCCGAGGAGGCAAAUCAGGAGCUGCUUUCUAUGCUACAGAAGAUGAUAGAUUCAUUUUGAAGCAAAUGCCUCGUCUGGAAGUCCAGUCUUUCCUUGACUUUGCACCACACUACUUCAAUUAUAUUACAAAUGCUGUUCAACAGAAGAGGCCUACUACAUUGGCUAAAAUUCUUGGAGUUUACAGAAUUGGUUACAAGAAUUCUCAGAACAACACUGAAAAGAAGUUAGAUCUGCUUGUCAUGGAAAAUCUUUUCUAUGGGAGAAAGAUGGCACAGGUUUUUGAUUUGAAGGGUUCACUUAGGAAUCGGAAUGUGAAGACUGAUACCGGGAAGGAGAGUUGUGAUGUAGUCUUGCUGGAUGAAAAUCUUUUAAAGAUGGUUCGAGACAACCCUCUCUAUAUUCGUUCCCAUUCCAAAGCUGUGCUGAGAGCAUCAAUCCAUAGUGACUCUCAUUUCCUUUCUAGCCAUCUCAUUAUAGAUUAUUCUUUGCUGGUUGGUCGAGAUGAUACCAGCAAUGAGCUGGUAGUUGGAAUUAUAGAUUAUAUUCGAACAUUUACAUGGGACAAAAAGCUUGAAAUGGUUGUAAAAUCAACGGGAAUUUUAGGAGGACAAGGUAAAAUGCCAACUGUGGUCUCACCAGAGUUGUAUAGGACUAGAUUUUGUGAAGCUAUGGACAAGUAUUUUCUGAUGGUACCAGACCACUGGACAGGUUUGGGUUUAAAUUGCUGAAAUAAGCACAUAUUUUGAAAUGAACUAUAAAGAAAAAGGGGCUGGAACAAAGGACCAAAAAUAGUCUACAGGUUUUAUUUCUUCAUCACAUUCACCAGUGGAUGCAAAGGCCUCUGAUUUCCGUGGCUGUUUAGGCUUCCAUAAUUGAAGGAUAAAAACUGCAUGGAUUUGUACUUUGGUUUUUGAUACCUGCGAACUAGCUAUCUGUAGGCUGGGAAGUUGCAUGAUCAUUUUUUCACUUAAGCUUAAGUAUAGAGACACAUUUCAAAGGGCUAAAAGAUAAAGGUAUUGUUAGAGAUGAGUAGAUAGGGUGAAAAGAUGGAUUGUCAUAUUUGUUAACCUAAUUGCAUUAAGAAAAGAUUAAUAUUUCAUAGAUAGUGACUGCUGGCAUCACGUUUGACACAUUCUUCAAUUUGAAAGCAUUUGUAAAGCUGGUGAAUUGGAUUUUUGUUUCUUAUGUAACAAUUUACUAUUACUUAUUACCAGAAUUUCUGAAGCCUUGAAAGAAUUCUGAGUUAUUCCAUUAAUGGCCAGUUAAACAGGUUGGCACAAUCUGUUAUUGUUUUAUUGAGGAAUUUGAGUUAACUAGGAAUCCUGUCAUGUUCUGGUUCUGUGUCCUCCCAGUUUGCCUUGUUUUUUGAGUACCUUUAAUGUUUUUAAAGGUUUGUGUCUGUGAUAGGAGACUACAGCCAUUAACUUGAAACCUCUUUUGGAGCUAUUUUUUUUAAGUUUGUUUACAACUGUGCAAUUAAUAUGUUAAUCUGUACUUAUCUGCAUAUGCUCACAUUCUAGGUUUUUCCCUCCCAGUUUGAGGAGAAACAUUAGUAAAUGAGUCUGCAGUCACUAAAUCCCCAAAGGGAGAAUUAUAAAUGAAGGAACUUUUUUUAGUCUAAAAAACAAAAUAUACCUGAUUGAAGAAAGCAGGUGAAAAGGAAGCAUUGUUUUUUAUAAAGGUAACAUGUCUUUCAAUAUAACCAGCAACUUAAAUAGCUUCUAUAAAAUUAAAAUUUUUUUCAGUGUGGACAUCCCCAUUUUUAAAGUUUCUACCCAACAGCCAUUUCUGACGACUGAGAAAUGUUAAGAGAUAAAGCUACUCCUAAUAAGGAACUUCCUGUUUAAUGGUCAGAGUUGUUUGUUUUUAAAAGUGACCAGAAGUAUUAAACCAUCUUUGAGUUUAACCCAGAAUAUUGUAAACCAGAAUAUUUACUCUUGACUUCUUUCUAUAACAAGGAUAAUUUGGGGAUUUAUAAAGUUUUAAGGAUUCCAUUCCUUUUCAGUCUUUCUGUAAUAUCACAUUUCUCCACUAUUUAAUUUUUCAAUUUUCAUAUAAUAAGAAAAAGAAAUCUGGAUAUAUUCCAGUUACACAGACCAUAGGUACAUGAAAUAGGAAACUUUUUAAAAGUUUGCUUUAGAGAAUAAAAGCGUUUCUUUGAUAUUUGGUGCUUAUUAGAAACCUGGUUUAUUUUUUAACUAGAAGCAAGUUGACCAGGGAUUUAUGAAUGAUCUGAUGAUAAGUACUUUUUAAAAAACAUGUGUAUGUGCCUUUUGAAGACAUAAAAAACACUGGUGAUUUUAGUUUUGAUGUCAAAGACUAGUAAAGGAGUUUACAGAAGUGAAAGAUAUGUUAUUAUUAACUCCUUUUGUAUCCAGGUACUAUGGAUUCUGCAUCUGAUUUUGAAUGCAAACACUUCUUUCUCUGUUCUUUUCUUUCUGUCAGGAUAUUCAGUUAUUUUUCUCAUCCAUUUCCUGUACCUCUACUCAUGUAGACUUCAACUAGAAGUAGAAGGUGUCUUCCCCUAGCCCUAAUCAGGUUUUUUUUUUUAGUCUAAUACCAUGUGCAUAGCUGGAAUGCUCCACGAGAAGAGCUACUGACAGUAAUAUGUGAUGUUGAUUUUAUUUUCCUAGAUUUGAAAAAAACUGUUUUUUAAAGUACUGCUAUCUCUAAGGUAAUUUUGUGAUUAAAAAAAAUUCCAAUAUAAAUAUUCUAUAGCAAUAGUUGCUGCCUUGUGAAGGCCAUCUAUCUUUUUAAAACUAAUGUCUGGGCUGUAUUAAUGAAGGGAAAAUACAAAAUUUAACUAUUUGUUUUGAGUGGUAGAACUAUAUCUCCGUCCUCUGCUGCUCUUGUUUAGGCCACUAGCAUUCAUAUAAGAUGUUUCUAAUAUUGUGUUAUUCGAUGUUAAGCAUUGAAUGAAUGGCUGAGUAUUUCCCUCUCUCAAUUCCCUUUCAAGGCCUGGAGAAUAUUAAUGCUGAAAAGUUAGAAAUAAGGAAGAAAUUCUAAUACUUUCUUCCUUAGAGUAAAAUAUGAAUCCUGAGAAUAAUUGAUAGUUGCACAAGAAAACUUAUGUGAACAUGUUGCUUUGUAUAAAAAUCUUAUGUGAAGCUUUUUGAUGUCAUCAAAAAAUUAUUUAAAAAAUAAUAAAAGAACUGACUUUUUUCCAAGUCUGAGAAAAAUAAGGGGAACUAACUGUUGCAAGCCCUUUUGUAGUCUAUUGAAUACUUUAAAUUUAUAUUCAAAAUUUCCUACAAGAUGUCCUAUCUUUUUCCUUUAUCCACCAAUGAAUGGUUUUCUAGCUUUGUCUUUUACUGAAUGUUGUAAAUAGUAAAGUUGUAUUUUUUUUUUUUGUGGUAUCAGUGUCUUCUUGGCAUUUUACCCAUUAACAGUGAGUUUAUAUAAAACUGUCAAGGAAGGUAAUCUGUAUGUAGAAAGUUUGCUUAGCUAGCAGAGUUAAAACUGUUUUGAGUGAGCCUGGUAGAGAAAGAUCAGGCCACUCAUUUCUCAAGUGUUAACAUACGUAUGACUUUUGCAGUAUUCAAACCCUCUAGUGCAAUGCCUUUUUUUUUUUUUUUUUGGUAACACAGGUGCAGUGUAUUAUAGAAAAAUAAAAUUUACAGUCAUGAGCAGUUUUUUUAAUGUUGCUUUAUUGGUUUUCUAAAAAAAUGUACAUUGUGUCUUCUGACAGUUUAAUUUCAGCUAUAGAAAUGACAUUGUAAAUCAUAAUAGCCUCUUUUAAUGAGAAAUUCAAUUAACAAUAUUGAAAGUAUGUAAUGUAUUAUAUUGUACAUAUUUCUCUACUUUGGUUCCAGCUGUGUUUUAUAUUAUUGACAUGUUAUUUAAGAGAGAACUGCCUUGAACUUUUGAAGACUGUAAAUAAUGAGUUAAAAUAAACUGAGAAUCUACUUCUUAGCCUUGGAUUUGUCAACGAAAUUAACAACCAAGAGAGAUGGAGUUCGGUGCACAAGCCCAAGCCCUGGCCUGGCAGUGGCGCCCAGUCCCUCUUUUCUUUGUCUUCCUCCUCCUCUUUUGGACAGAGCAUUAAUUAGGCUUUGGCUAAUAAAUAACCCUAUUCCUUAAACCCGGAAAUGGGUUUCAAACCCGUAGUUCACUUCCGCCAGUAACGAUCAUGGCUGUUUCGGCUUUCCCAUUCUUCCGGUAUUUUCGGUUUUCUGAUACGGCAGCCACGGGAGUCCCACCCUUCCCCGGCCUAAAUUCCCCAGCUAAAUUGGCUAAAUUCGCCUUGGGUGGGGCGAGGCGCUCUCCGGCGCUCUCCGCCACAAACUUCUCCCACGCGCUUAGCGCUGUUUCCUGCUCUGCCAGAAGUUGAUUUUGUUUCGUCGUCACACGCAACUUGUGGGCUCGCGGCACCUAGACUCGUGAGGGCGAAGUGGCAGAAGAAGAGGAUGCGUAGGAAGUACCUUGAUGUAAUGGAGUGGCAGGUUUGGCAGGGGAUGGGGGGACAGUGCUCCUGAGUUUUAAUCUUUGUUCCCACCACAUGCUAACUCUGUGACCUUGGGCAAGUCACUCAACUUCAUGGAGCCUCAGAUGUUUAUGGGGAUAAUAAUAACUACCUUGAAGGGUGUAGUGAAGAUUAGAGACAAUACAUAUGCACUUAUCAGCACAGUGCCUGGCACAUCGGUACACAGCUCUUCAAAUGCUGCAACUGAAGAUGCCAUUGGAAACUGAAGACCACAGUGGAACACAUUGUUCAUCUCUACACAUCAGACAAUUUAAGGAGUUUCUCAAAAACUCCUUAGGGCUGAGUGUGACCCUACAGCUCAUAUCAUCACUAUCACUAAGCCUAUCUGACACCAGGCUGGAUACUUAACAUUUUAUUCAGAGAGCAGCUGGUUUCUGGGAGCUUUGAUUGAAAGAAAAUGUAUACUAAUAAUGUACAGUGAUAAUAUUCUUUGUCUAAUUGUUGAAUAUUGUGGAACACAAAGGAAGAUUGAUGGUUAAUGUACAUUUACACAAUUGAAGGUCAAGUUUUCAUUACUCUAAUGGUUCUGUAAGUAAGUGAAGUAUUUAUUAAUUAAUUCAGUUUUUGUUCUUCUGUAGGUAAUCUACUAUAGUAAUAAAAAAUAAAAAUUGAAUUAUCUUCUGCUCAUUGGAAAGAUAUUUGCUACACUGAAAGUCCUCAAAGAGGGAAAACAAUAAGUGUAACAUUUUUGGAUUAUGAGAAUUAAAAAUGGAUUAAAAUUCCACAUGAAGACACUGUUGAUAAAGGGUGUUCCGUGUUGUGAGGGUUAUCAAAAAACUUUAAUAGGCAACUGCAGCAACUGCCAAGUCACUUGGUCAAUUCAAUUUUUACUCUUCCUGGAGUAAGGCAGCAGAUUAAGAGCAAUCCUUUCCAAGACUGUCCUUAAGAUACUAGCUGCAAGCUCACAGGCCCAGGCCACUGGCACUUCUGACCAAUAAGCUACAAAUUCAGAGAUUCUUAUCACCCUCUUGAGUUUGAUAAUUCACUAGAACAGCUCACAGAACCCACUGAAAGCACCAUACUUAAAAUUAUACUUUUAUGAUAGUAAAAGGAUACAAAUAAGAAGUCAGAAAAAGAAAUGUAUGAGGACAUCAAAGGAAGAGAUAUAUGGGGCAAGGUCUGGGAGGGUCUCAGACGCAAGCUUCUGUGUCCUCUCCACGCAGUCAGAACGUGUCACCCUCAUGGCAUAGCAGUAAUGUAUUUUAUCAAUUAUGGAAGCUCAUCGUGGCUUCGAGUGUCCAAGUUGAUAAAGGGUCUCAUUAUGUAGGCAUAAUUGAUGGAGUCAGUGUCCACGUGGUUGAACUCAAUCUGCAGCACCCCUCUCCUCCCAACAGCUGGGAGGUGGGCUGGAAGGUGGGCUGACAUGACAUGGCCCAAAGCCCCAACCCCCUAAUUGCCUGUUUGGUCUCUGUGAUGGAACCAGCCCCCACCCUAAGACUGCAGGUGUAGUUGGCUCCUCCCUGUCUUCUGAUUAGCAUAUGGACUUUCAGGGGCCCACCAUGAAGAACAAGACACUCUUAUCACAGGAAGUUCCAAAGAGUUUACUUCCCCAGGAACUGAGGACAAAGACUAGGUAAGUUUUUUGUUAUAUUGCACAGGGAGAGCAUUUCUAAUCUGACUUAAGUCCAGAAUUUACUCAAACUAAUUUCCCAGUGCCAUCGGUGGCAUUUCCUGAUUUCAUCCACGCUAGCCAUGUGAAUGUGCACAAGUUAUGUGAUCUCUAUGAGCCACAGAGUUCUCUUAUAGCUAUUUUACAGGACAGCCAUGAGGAAUCAAGGAACAGCAUGUGUCAAGUUUCUCUGGCACAAAAUAGCUUCCCAGUAAAUGUUAUUUUCCUUAGCAAGUUCCCAUUUAGCAUGACAAUUUAUGUUAAAUUUAUGAAGAAGCUCCAGGGAGCACCAUGGCAAAAUAAGCAGCCCAAAGUGAUGGUACAGAACCCUUCAAUUCAAAAGAUGCUUGUGUAUGUGAAUUAUGAUAGUGCCUUGAUGGUUAAUUUCAUGUGUCAACUUGGCCAGGUUUUGGUAUCCGGUUGUUUGUUCAAGCAAACACUGGCUUGUUACUGUGAGGGUAUUUUGUAGCUGGAUUUGCAUCUAUAAUCAGUUGAUGGCAUCCAUUGCUGAUUACAUCUGUAAUCAACCAAGGAGAUUGCAUUCAGCAAUGUGGGGAGUCCUGUCAUCCAAUCAGCUGGAGGUCUUAAAAGCCAGAAUUGAGGGUUUUAGAAGUCAGAAAGAAGAAUUUCUGCUUCUACUUCAGCCAGCUUCCUCUGGGGAAUUGAAUUUCACUUUUAUAGCAGUUUCCAGUUUGUGGCCUGCUCUACAGAAUUUCGACUUGCCAACCCUGACUGUAACGUGAGCUACCUCUUAUAAUAAAUUCCUUAAGAAUAAAUAUAUCCUGUCAAUUCUGUUUCUCUGGAGAACCCUGACUAAUACAGUACUGGGCAUUAGUAGUGAUAUUUACAGUUCAGUAAGUGUCUUUCUCUUCCUUUGUCUUAUAUGUGGGUAAUAUGUGGCAGGAAUUUUAUCCUGUUGAUUGUGAAGGCAAAUACUUCAUAUUUUAAUGGAAAUAGGAUCAGUAGAUUCCACAUAUAUCAUAUAUUGUCUUAUUUUGAUACCUAAAAUAUAUACCCACAUAUAUCAUACAUUGUCUUAUUUUGCUACCUUUCUACUUAAGGAAAGACAUUCCCUAAACACCUCUGGCCUCUUGGCCUGAUCUUUACUGUUCUCCAUGGAGGUGGAAUGAGUUACCUGGUUAGUGGAUGCAGUCUUUGGUCCAAAUUUCUCAAAUAGGUGGAGCUAUCUAAUAGGAGCCCACAAACACAGGUCUCUUUUUGUUCUCUUCACCUAGUUCCUAUUGAGGGACAGUCUGGAGCAGUGUGUCUGUUCUGUAGAACUGGCUUUCCUUUGUAUGGACUGUAUCAAAGCCCAUUACACUCAUCAGGUAGGGGAUAUUAGCUAGACCUUAGCCACCUUCUCUAGUCUUGGCUAUAUCAGUAAGAAAGGUGUCAUUUUGAUCUCCUUCUGUUCAUUCACUGAGUAUAAGACUUUAUUGGCUCUCUACCUUGGUGAGAACAAGAAGGAUGCUUCCUUUCUCUCUCAAACCCUAACACACCAAAAGAAAAUAAUGAUCAAAGAGUUUGGGGGACUAAUACAAGUUCACUUAGUAAACCCAAGUCUUCAGACACAAAGUACAGAGCUCUUUGCAUUGUAUCACAUAAUCUAUUUAUUAUCUCACUUUCCUUUACCUUUAUGUUAUUUAUCAUAAAACCUUUAUUUGUUGGGCUACCACUUGGAGCUCUAUGAUUUGGGGGAAGUUAUAUAACCUCUCAGAGCCCCAGGUUUCUUAUCUGUAGAGUACAUUUAAUAAUGCCUACUUCACCGA